AUGGGGUGCGUACUGGUCGAUGGUGGGAGUUCCAUCAACCUCCUCUUCGCCGAUCCACUAGACACCCUGCAGGUCCUGAGGAAUCUGUUGAAACUAUCUCCUCCCUUCUUUGAGAUCACCCCCGACUCUUCAGCCAAGUCGUUGGGGUAUAUCGAGAUGCCCGUCACUUUCGGUUUGCUGAGCAACUUUAGGACCGAGAGGGUCCUAUUCGACGUGGUGGAUUUUGGGACCGUGUACAACGCGAUCCUAGGACGACCAGCGAUGGCUCAGUUCAUGGUCGUCGCCCACUAUGCAUACCAGGCAAUCAAGAUCCCUGGUCCUAAGGGAGCCAUCGCCAUUUUGGGCAACAAAAAGACGGCCCUACACUACGACAAGAAGAGCCUCGACAUGGUCGAGCUGACUCUCGGGUCACAGCCUGAGGAAGAAAGGCCAAGCUGCUGCCUAGAGAAGGUCCACGUCAUUGCCAAUCCUGAUGACCGGCUCAAGGCAGUGAGCCUAAACAGUGCCGACCCAUCCUGA